CUCGAACGGGUUUGACAGUUCUCGGCUGGGCCCUGGCCUGCUUGAUUUGGUGGUUCACUCACCACGCGACCGGAACAUCGCAUAAACAGCUGCAAAGUCUAUUGAAAAUUAAUAGAAAAAUACCCCAAUACAUAAAGUUUGGUGCUACAGCAAGCGAACCUCCCGUGGGUGGACGAAAACUCCCGUUUGACCCCCCGCGCCACGUUGUGAUUAUAAGCCCGCCACGAAUGCGACCAGCAUCCCGGCCAGCAGGAUGAAAUCGGACAUCGACUACAGGAACAAGCUCGUGCUGGCCCCGAUGGUGCGCGUCGGCACGCUGCCGAUGCGGCUGCUGGCCCUCGAGUACGGUGCCGACCUGGUGUACACGGAGGAAAUCAUCGACUGGAAGCUGCUGCGAGCGGAACGCCACACGAACGAGGUGCUCGGUACGAUCGACUACAUCGACACCACGGACGGUACGGUCGUGUUUCGGACCUGCCCGGACGAGCGGGGGAAGGUGGUGCUGCAGAUUGGUACGGCAUCGGCCGAGCGGGCCGUUGCCGUUGGGCAGAUGAUGCAAAACGAUGUGGCCGCCAUUGACGUCAACAUGGGCUGCCCGAAAGACUUUUCCAUCAAGGGCGGUAUGGGGGUGGCCCUGCUGUACGAUCUGCCCCGUGCCAAGGCCAUCCUCGAGGGGCUGGUGCAGGGCGUGCGGAUACCGGUGACGUGCAAGAUCCGGGUCAUGCCCGAUCUGGACGAAACGGUCGCGCUGGCAAAGGAGCUGCAGUCCACCGGCAUACGGGCGAUCGGGGUGCACGGGCGCACCAAGACGGAGCGACCGCGCGAUCCAGUUAAUGAAGACGCCAUUGCCCGGGUAGCGAACGCGUUGCACAUUCCGGUCAUUGCGAACGGUGGCUCACAAAGCAUCACCCGCCGGCACGAUAUACUGCGGUUUGCGCAGCGCUGCUCCACGACGAGCGUGAUGGUGGCCCGGGCCGCCGAAUGGAACUGUUCCGUGUUCCGGGCGGACGGUCCGCUGCCACUGGACGACGUGAUUCGGCGCUAUCUGGAGCUGUCCGUCCGGUACGACAACUCACCCUCGAACACCAAGUACUGCGUGCAGAUGAUGCUGCGCAGCCUGCAGGAGAGCCCGAUCGGGCGCCGUCUCCUGGACAGCCAAACGAUGCAGCAGAUAUGCGAUAUCUGGGAAAUGGGCGAAUACUGUCGGGAAACGCAGCUCCGAUAUCAUUUCGCUGGCAUCAAGGGCCGACGCGCCUGUCGGCCACGCACGCAGUCCGGGGAUGGUGGCCCGGUAGCGGAGGGCAACGAGCCGACCGCUAGCAAAAAGCAGUGCCUUGAGAAAUCGCUGGACUCCGAUCCGGAGCCGCUGAACGAGGAAAACGUUUGCUUUAUACGGUCCAAUUUCAUUGACGACAAUUCGCUGCCAAAAUCCAAACUCUACCUGCACGCGGUACGGAACGGGCUGCCGCGGGCCCAGUACGAGGUGCAGCAGAAGGACAAACUGUUCCGGGCGACCAUCCGGUUCGAUGGCCAGCGCUACACCAGCUCGUUCUGGGAGAAGAAUAAGCGAUACGCGGAGCAGGCGGCCGCACUCGUGUGCCUGCUGAAGCGCGGGGUCGAGUCGCGCGACGAGCUGAUACGGAAUGGUGCGAUGCUGCCGGCCAAAAAUGGACCGGCCGCCGCUGUGGUGGAGCAGACGGGGAGCAGCAAGACAGAUGCUGCUGGGGAAAGUGAAACGAACGGGGUGGCUCGACCGAUGGUUGAAAGCUGUUGAAUGCUCACCGUUUCGGGUGCUAGGUGAAGUUUGCUGGUAGCAGGAAAGCUUAUAAAUGACACUUGUGUACAGUUGAAAAGAAAAGAAAAAAAAAACAGAAAGUUAUUUAAAGAUGGUUAAAGCUUACGUAUUGCGGCUUCUAGCAAGAAGAGCCGGAUGAGAAAACGAGCGCAGUAAGUUAGCAAAAAUGUUUGCAAACUAGAUCAUGUCGGUAAAUGAAAAUUCAUACUAACUCAUCUGAAGCCUAUUUUGUGUAAAUUGUAAAAUAAUGUUACCCGUGUUUUAUUAAGUUAUAAAAUAAAUCACUACUCAGAA